UUCUGUAUCUCUGUCUCUCUUUCGCUCUCUCAACACUUUUCUCUCAGCUAUCCAAGAUGGCGGCAGCGUCGUCCAUCCAGCCGCCGAUCGUUCACUCUUCCCUCACCCGGGACAGCGCACUUUCCCCGGAGAUGGACAGCCCCGAGAGCCGGCAGCCGGAGGAUGAGGAGGCGACGGCGGCGCAGCCCCCUGAGUCUGGGGUUAGUGUCCGAGACCUGCCGGACCUGGAGCCGGAGGAGGUGGAGAAGCGGCUGGCCAAAACUCGCCGGGAACUGAGCAACAGGAGGAAAAUCCUCAUUAAGAACCUGCCGCCCGACACCACCAACCAGGAAGUCCAUGAAAUUCUGAAAGAGUAUGAACUGAAGUAUUGUUUUGUGGAUCGGAACAAAGGAACAGCCUUUGUGACUUUGCUGAACGGGGACCAGGCUCAGGAUGCCAUCCGCUCCCUCCACCACAGCACUGUCCGAGGACGCUUGAUAAACGUCACCCUGCAGCCCACCGAUUCCCUGCUUUGCCUCACCAACCUCCCCCACACCUUCACUGCGCAGCAGUUCGAGGAGCUGGUGCGGCUUUACGGAAACAUCGAGCGCUGCUUCCUGGUGUACAGCGAGCUAAGCGGACACUCCAAGGGAUAUGGGUUUGUGGAAUACAUGAAGAAGGACUCUGCUUCACGAGCCCGCUCAGAGCUCCUGGGCCGGCCACUGGGAGAUCGCUCGCUGAUGGUGCAGUGGAUGGACGUCAACCAGCUGAGCCAGGAGGAAAACCUGCACUCAAAGUGUCUGUGUGUGGACCGACUGCCUCUGGACCUGUGCGACUCUGAAGAACUCACCCAGCUCUUCUCUGAAACAUAUAAACCUGUCUUCUGCCAGCUUGCUCAGGAUGAAGGCAGCCCGGUGCGAGGCUUUGGUGUGGUGGAAUACGAGACGGCGGAACAGGCUGAGGCGGUUUUGACGGAGAUGGACCGAACUCUGGUGGGAGGACAGGAGGUCCGGCUGUCGCUUUGUACCCCCGGCACCUCAGGGAGAAGCACCUUGGCUGCGCUCAUUGCUGCCCAGGGUAUGAUCCUGAGCAACAGGAAGGGUCUGCUGCCAGAACCCAACCUGGCCCAGCUGCUGACCAGUAUGACCAACCCAGCGGCUCUGCAGAUCCUCAUGAGACCGUACCACAGCGGGAAAAGAGGAGGAAAGUAUGGGCGUAACAGCAGCCUGCCGUUCCUCAGACCUCCUCUCACUUCUGCGCUGCUCACGCUGGGAAAAGCUCACCAGAACGCCAUGGUUGGAAAUGGACUCGUCCUGCAGAACCUUCUGCACAUGCAGCUCGCUCAGCAGCAGCUGCUACACAUCAAAGACAAACACAUCAGCAGUGUCUCCAGUCUGCUCGGGGACCCGUCCAGGCUGCUGAUGCAGAAAGCUUUGUCUCUACGGCCUCCAGGGCUUCUGUCUCUGGGGAAAGGUCUCCUGGGAGACUCUCCCACAGAGAUGGGUCAGGAGGCGGUGCCGUCUGCUACCCACAAUGCAGCAGUAGUGGUGUCAGCAGCAGGUGUGAUGCCAUACCUUCAGGCUCGAGCCGCAGGAAGAGGAGACCAGAACGUGUCUCUGUCUGUGUCAACGACCCUUUCAUCUCCAUCCUCCACCUCCUGUGAGAAGCAGCCGGCUCCUCCUGGGACUCUGGUGAGCUCCCAGCAGCAGGGACAGAGCUACUCCCUGGGCAUUAGUAACUCAGGCCUCGGCCCCCCUCCGCCUAAGCCCCCUGGAGGAAUUUAUACCUCAACAGGCCAACUCGGCAUCUCAGAUGGCAACAGCCUGACAAACGUGGUGAACAGUGGUCAGAAUUCUUUAUUGGGUGAUCCCCCUAAAGAAGUCAGGCUGCCCUCUAAUCCUUAUUUGAACCUGGCCAGUGUGAUGCCAGGAGUCAUUCUGCAAGGCUCGGUGGGGAACAAGCCUCAGGGAGGACAGCCUGGCACCGGGGUGUACGGCGCUGCGGUGGCUCCCGUGGUGUCCCAGGGGUCUGUCUCCUUCCCCCAUAGCACCACGGCUACCACCCCUGCCCCAUACAGCUCUGAUACCUCCACCAACUUCACCCAGUAUAACCAGGCCUACACACAGGAUGCCAUGCAGCAGUGGUACCAGCAAUACCAAGCAGCACAAGCUCACACCUACAGCACCGCUGCUCCACAGGACAACACAGCUGCAGACUACAGCAAGGAGCACACACAGGCAUCUGCAGCAUCCUCCUAUGGAGAUUACACCUCCUACAUGCAGGCUGUCACUCAGUACUACUCCCAGCCUGCAACAGCCAAUCAGGUGUACACCGGCAAGGAAGUAGAUGUUUGCAAGCCUCUGGGAGUUCCUCUGCACGCGGUCCCUAACGGCCCCGCCCCUCCGCCGGCGGUCUUACCCACUGCUGCCGCCGUGCUCCCUGCCUACAGCACCCUGCCUUUAUUGCCCAGCUUCCUGGGGACGCCUCACCCGCCAGCGGCCACGCCCAGCCCGGUCACACAUCCUCAUGCAGCUGCCACCGACUGGAACGCCUACUACUAUAACCAGACGAGGGGUGUGAAGAGAGAGUACCCUCAGCUCGCCGUGCCGGAGGCGCCACCACCAGAGGGCUCUUACAUCGGACAGCACUCCCAAGGCCUGGGGGGUCAGUACGCCGACUACUUCAAGAGGAAAAGGCUCUAAAAGACUCAAACCACCUUCAAGCCUAAAGGGAAGGGAGGCACAAACAGCUGGAUGUCACAGCUCCCUCUAGUGGCUGCAGGCUUGCAUCCCUGCAGAAGGUGUUGAGUUGUGUAUGAUCGGGAUUCAGGGCUGCAGGUGGCACUAGUGAACGUAAGCCAUAGUGCUCUUUGAUUUGUUUUUAUCUUUAGCACUUCUGUAAACACACACAUACACGGUGUUGCUUCUGUCCUGUUCAAGCCUUAACUAUUUAACUUAACCGUUUGUUUCUCAGCCAGCUGUUACCUGUAGCUGUUAGCUUUUUUUCUAACAUGACGUGUGCUGAACUAUUUAAGCUCGUGUGUGUACGAGCUGCUUUUGUGUUUGCAGGCAGCGACUGUCCUGCCAGUCUGAUAUUCUACGCUCACGCUUUGAUCCGUCAGUUUUUACUGACAUUUGCUCAUUCCUAGCCUAGUGAACUAGACCAAAUUCUUGCUUUGCAAAGUUUGGUCUAGGCACGCUCCAUUGGAACCUCCGCAGCUCCUACCAGGACUCUGGCUAGCCAAUCACAGCUCUCUAGAGGGGUUUCAAACACAUAAAGAGCUGUGAUUGGUCCAUAAUGGUGGGCCAAUCAUAGUGCUCUAUCUGCUUAGUGAACAAAUGCAACAGAGUGAAACAAGAGUAUGUCACAUUCAUUGUCCAGUGGAAGGCGGAGAUCAUUUGAAAGACAACGGUAGAACCCGCCCCACAACCGAGAGCCGUCAAUGGAGCGUGGCCAGACUAAAUAAUACAUUUAUUUAGUCUGGCUUGCCAGGCUAGCUCAUUCCCGCUUCACUGCCUGUUAUUACCCAGGAUCUGCUUUAAAUCUCCCUGCUGGGAAUUGUGCGCGCGUGUGUUUCUAUGCUGUAUCUGUAGGAAGUGUCAGCCAUUUCUAUCCCAAAGUUUGGGAACACAUCAGGAAACAAAUGGGGUCUGAGAGCUGAUUGAAACCAUUAAUAUGGUGACUUCUAAUAACUUCCCUUAAUGGGAAACAUUUGGGGAGGACAGUCUGUAAAUUGUGCGUUGUAAUAUAAUAUAUCUGAAGCCAUGCGUAUCAGACAGUAAUAUAUAAUAAAAGGAGCGUUUCGGAGCUCUUCUUUUGAUUGUGCUGUUCUACAGAAAUGGAAAAAACAUUAAAUGUUCUUUUGUCAUUCUACAAUAUACUGGUAUAUAUUUGUAAUAUAAUAAUAUUCCAAGGCAAUUCAAGUAAUUAUUAUCAUGAAGUCAAUAUAUGAGACUUAAAAUGUGUUUUUCUGUUUUUAAGCCAAGUAAUAAGGCAGGUCUCUUCCUCUGCUGUUUUGCAGGAAAUUCGGUGCAAACAGGAGCUUUAAAUCCUUCUUGAAGUUAUUAAUUAUUAGUUAUUGUUGUGGGAAAGGAUAAAGGUAGCAUGGAUGUUUGGGCUGCUGACGAUCAAAGGAAAAACUCAAAGGAGGACGUUUAUUUUAUUUUAUUUAUUUGCUUGUUUCCAAUCAAAACUAAAGUUGAUAAAGCAGAAAUUAUUUGAGUAAAGUAGUCAUGAGAUCAAAACAGGAACCAAAUGCUGAAUCAGCUCAGCUGCAGAGACUAAUACCCACAAUGCACUGGAUAAACACACAACUGGAGAAUAACUGCAUAUAAUUUGAACCAAAGAUUAGUGAAGUUUCUGGUGUGUUGCUGUUUGAGGCUCUUAUUGUGAAGGAUUGAAUUCUAGUUGAGCACAGCAGCUUCCCCCCCAAGCCUUCGUUUCUCAGUGUUUGAAGUUUUCUCCUGACAUUUUCAUUUCAUCCCAAUUUUUUCUACAUUCUUCCCAAAUAUUUCUACAUUUUCCCCAAUAAUUUUGAAACUUUUAAUGUGUGAACCUUUAUUUUGAACCUUUAUUUUGACAUAUUAAGUUAUCUUUUAAAUGUUAUUUCAACCUAUUUUACUUAAUUCUAGAAAUUGUGAUUUAGCAUCUUUUUUUUUGUUUACUUUAAUUUUUCAACUACACGAACUACAGCAAAUCUUUCCCUACUAUGGAAGCCCAUUCCCGCCAAUCCGGUUUGAAAAAAAUAUGAGAUACUAUCUCAUAAUUAUGACUUAGCGAUCUAAUUGUUAUGAGAUAGCUAAGUCAUACUUAUGAGAUAAAACCAAUUUAUUUAGCAAUGGGAAUGGGCUUCCAUACAUUUUCUCCAUAUUUAUUUACAAUUAUUAAUUUAUUGUCUUCUUAGUGAUCUUCAUACGGCAUCACAUAGUCGCUUCAGGAGUAAAAUCAGAUUUUUUUAUUUUACUUUAAGGAAAUAUUCAGAUUUAAUUGUCUGUGACAUUUAAAGGAUUAAAGAAUGAGUUACAAUGACAUUUAAUUUUCCUCUGGGAUGAUUAUAAAGUAUUUUUCAAUGUAAAAUCCUGCAGAAUACCUUCCUUUUUUUAGAUUUAACAAUGAAACUUUUUUUUCUAGGAGAAAUAUUUGCCAAAAGUGAAUUAUUAUUUUUACGAAAUAUUGUUGCACAGUCAGAGCGUGGACUGUUAAACACCAGAGGACUUUACAGGCCAAACCGGCAAUAAAAUAACACUCCUUUAGCUGUAGAGAUGAAUGUAAAAGCUGUUUGUUUUUAGCCGUUCUAGUCAGACGCUGAUUUUUACACCUGCUGAAAACUUUUUUCUUGUAUCUCAUUUAUUCUUUUCAUUCUGCUCCCAAGCAUUUGAAUGUAUAUCCCUGAGCAGAAUAUUAAUUGCAUCCCCACGGUGAUCACACACAGUUGAGAUGAGAGGGUUAAGUAGAGUCCAGAUCUGUGCUGAGAGGUUUUUCUGCUCCAAGGAGUCGGAGGUGUCGGCUUCAGUGUUUUUCACUAAAAUCAGAUUUAAGUUCAAGUAAACUUCUGUCUCUAUAAUAGCUUUGAAUCCAUAUUUGUGCUGCAGAUAUUCUUAGUUUUAAGCAUGUUUGUGGAGUUGUCGGGCAGAAACUCAUCUUCAUUGUGUUUUAUUUGAAGAAAACUCAAGUUUUUUUGCUUCAGUCUUGAUUUAAACACUUCACCUUCCAUUAUAAAGUAAGUUAAAACCCAACGAGACAAAGGCUCAUUCGCUUGGUGAGGUGUGUUUUACACACACACACACACACUCACUAGCUUUGUUGUUUUUAGGCCGUUUUAACAUUUUCUCCACUCAGGCACUUAUCUUCCACCAUGGGAUCCUCAGCUGGAUCCACUCUGAGACGUCUAGAGCCAAUCAGACAGGUUUUUAUGACCCCAGGAUGACAGCUUGAGUGGUUGAAAGGAUCUUUGCUCUUCCAUCCUGGUGCAUCUGUUUGUGGAGGUGAAGAUAACAAACAGCAGUAAACAUGUUGAAUGUUGCCCAUGGCAAGCUUUGUGAAGCCUUUAGGGGUGUGUGUUAGAGGAUCUGAUCUCUGAGCUGUUGCUGCAUCCUGGUUCAUCAGUGUUGUUCAUGCUGUCUAGGUAUUACUGUGAAUUUAGGGUUCCUUUAAUAAUCGGCUCCAAAUUCUGAUGCUCCCUCCACCAUGCUUCACAUGAGGGGUGUCACCAUAAGCUGGCAGUAAAACAAGUAACACAAAUAGUUUGUCCAUCCAUCCUUUUUCAGCCACUUAUCUUGAGUCGGGUCACUGAGGCAGCAGCUUAAGCAGAGAGACCCAAACUUACCUCUCACCAGCUACUUGGGCCAGCUCCUCCAGGGGAAUCCAAUGACGUUACCUGGCUAGCUGAGAGACAUAGUCCCUCCAACGUGUCCUGGGUCUUCCCAGUUGGAAAACCUCACCAGGGAGCCGUCCAGUAGGCAUGCUGACCAGAUGCCCAAGCCACCUCAACUGGCUUCUUUUGAUGUGGAGGAGCAGCGGGUCUACGCCGAGGCCCUCUCGGAUGGCUGAGCUCCUCACCCUACCUCUGAGGGAGAGCCCAGCCACCCUGUGGAGAAAACUUAUUUUGGCCGCUUGUAUCUGUGAUUUCGUUCUUUCAGUCACUACCAAAAGCUUGUGACCAUAGGUGAGGGUAGGAACAUAGAUUGACCAGUAAAUUGCCCCCGCAUCACUGAAGACACAGCAUGAAUCCACCUAUUGAUCUCACGCUCCAGCUUUCCCUCACUCAUGAACAAGACCCAGAGAUACUUAAACUCCUCCAUUUGAGGCGGGACCUCAUCCCUGACCUGGAGAUGGACUUCUACCCUUUUCCGAUACCCCUAAGAGUACAGAGCUGGUCCGGUGUUCCACGGCCAGGACAAAAACCACAUUGCUCCUCCUGAAUCUGAGGUUUGGCAAUCCAAUGGACCCUCCUCUCCAAAACCCCUGAAUAGACCUUACCAGGGAGACUCAGAAGUGUGAUCCCCCUGUAGUUGGAACACAGUCUGCGGCCCCCCUUUUUAAAUAGAGGGACCAUCACCACAGUCUGCCAAUCUAGUGGAACUGCUCCCGAUGUCCACGCGGUAUUGCAGAGCCACGUCAACUAACACAGCCCCACAACAUUCAAAGCCUUAAGGAACCUCCGGGAGGAUCACCGAAGAGUUUUUUUAACCACCUCAGUGACCUUGGCCCCAGAGAUUGGAGAGUCAACCCAAACUCCCCAGACUCUGAAAGACGUGCCCGUGGGACUGGGAGCUCGUCGAAGUAUUCCACCCAUCGAUCCAUAAUGUCCUGAGUAGAGGUCAGCAGCACACCGUCACCACUGUAAACAGUAUUGGUAGCACACCGCUUUCCCCUCGUGAGACGCCGGAUGGUGGACCAGAAUCUCCUCAAAGCCGUACAGAAUUCUUGCUCCAUGGUCUCACCAAACUCCCACGGCUGGGUUUUUGCCUCCGCGACCACCUAAGCCUCAUUCCACUUGGACUGCCGGUAUCCAUCAGCUGCCUCUGGAGUCCCACAGGGCAAAAAGAUCCAAUAGGACACUUUCUUCAGCUUGACAGCAUCCCUAACUGCCGGUGUCCACCAGUGGGUUUGGUGCCACGACAGGCACAGACAACCCUGCAGCUGCAGCUCCGGUCAGCCGCCUCAACAAUAGAAGCACGGAACUUGGACUCAACGCUUCCUUCGGGACGUGUUCGAAAUUCUGUUGGAGAUGGGAAUUGAAGCUCCUUCCGACAGGAGAGUCUGCUAGAAGUUCCCAGCAGACCCUCACAAUACGUUUUGGCCUGCCGGGCCUGACCGGCUUCCUCCCCCACCAUCGAGGCCAACUUACCACCAGGUAAUGGUCUGUUGACAACUCUACCCCUCUCUUCACCCGAGUGUCCAAGACAUGCCGCCGCAGAUCAGAAAACAACAACAACGUCAAUCAUCGAACUGCAGCCUAAGGUAUCCUGGUGCCAAGAGCACCUAUGGACACCUUUAUGCUUGAACAUGGUGUUCGUUAUGGACAAUCCAUGACGUGCAGUAACAAAACACUGCUCAGAUUCAGAUCAGGGGGCCGUUCCUCCCAACCACACCUCUCCAGGUCUCGCUGUCAUUGCUCACGUGAGCAUUAAAGUCCCCCAGCAGAACGAGGGAGUCACUGGAAGGAGCACUCUCCAAUAUACAGGCACCAAGAUGGGCGGCAACAAAUACGCCCACCCCUGUUGUGCGCCUCUCAGUGGGAGCAACUCCAGAGUGGUAGAAAGUCCAACCCCUCUCGAGGAAACUGGUUCCAGAGCCAGACCCAUGCGUUGAGGUGAGUCCAAUUAUAUCUAGUCCAAACCUCUCAACCUCACACACCAACUCUGGCUCUUUCCAACAUUCCACAUACCAUGAGCCAGCUUUCGUAGCCGAGGAUCAGACCACUAAGGUCCCUGCCUUCGGCUACAACCCGACACACAAUGCACCCGACUCCUUUGGCCCCUCCCACAUGUGGUGAGCUCAUGGAAAGGGGGACCCACAUCUCCUUUUCAGGCUGUGCCCGGUCGAGCUCCAUGGGUAAGAGCCCAACCACCAGGCGCUCGCCAAUGUGCCCCAACUCCAGGCCUGGCUCCAGAGGACAGCCCCAGUGACUUGUGUCCUUGCGAGGGAACACUGUUUCCAUUAGUACUGUUCAUCAUAAGAGGUCCACAAAUAGUUUGUGCUACAGUUAAAAGUGUUUCCUAAUAUUAAAAUUGGUUGCUUGAUACAACACAAAGCAAAUGAAACAUGAAAAAAUGACCAUGUGUGACCAUUUUGAUUUAAAAAAAGAAAACAAAAUUUUACUGGAGGUAACGCAUGGAGCUGUGGGUGAGGACAUCUGGAUCUUCUUCCUGUUUAGACUCUUGCCAGUCAGCUGGAGAUGCCUGUGAUCACAAUAAAACCUUUACUCUAAACCAUUUGUUCAGAAUGAACUCAGCGGUUCCAGCUGCCACAGAGUCAGAGAUAAUGAGCUGAUGUUUCUCCUGCUGGUACUGUGUCAGAGUGUGUGUGUGUGUGUGUGUGUGUGUGUGGGGGGGGGGGGGGGGUUCUGGCAGGUAAAGGAUGGAAAGGGGAGAGCUGAAAAACAACUCUGGCUGCCUGCAGGGAUUUCUUCUGUGUGCUCGCUCAGCGUAUUGUUGGUUUAUUCUGCCAGAGUCCUGCACUCUACUACACCUGUAGAGACCACACACACACACACACACACACACACUUAGAAUCUUACAGGUGUUCUAGAUUUUUAUGUUUUAUUAAGCUUUUCACCUUGUUUCUUUACAUGUGGAGCAAAUUGUUUUCAGCAUCAGCAGAUUCACAUCAGAUGUUGACAAAUCUGCUGAAAUGUUUAUAAAAGUUCAACUUUAAAUAUGAUGAUGAAACAUGUGUAUUAUUUAUAAAAUGUUCUCAAAACAAAUGAGAAAAGCAGUUUAGAAAAACUAGUUUGGGUACAACAACCUGCAUUUAAACGCAUUUUGUGUUUGGAUGCUUUACCUGCUUUCAGCUUCAGAUAUGCUCUUCUACUCAUUUGUAGACUUUUAUGGUUUAUUUUGAGAUAUUGUGCACUAGGGGGCGCUGAAGAGAGGCCAGACUGUGUUUUGGGUCAGAAGACGGGUUCUCAGAUUCUGCCAGAGGUGUGGACUCGAGUCAUUUUAAUGACUUCUGACUUGACUUGAUAAAAUCUGUUAAGACUUACAACUUGGCUCUGACGCCAAUGACUUGCAUCAGUUGACUUGAGGAGUUGAGCAUAUUUGAUAUUUUAGCACAAAAGUGACCAGACAUGGACAAAAAUCAUGAAUCAUUCUUCGUUCUGGGCAGCACUUUCUGCUUGUUUGAGCAAAUAAGUUAAGCUUUAAGAAGCUUUAUUUCUGGAAUUUAAAUGAAGUUGGACAGAUGACUUGAAAAUUCAAAUUUAAGGACUUGGACUUGACUUGGACUCGACUUGACACUUGGCUGGAAAGACUUGCAAAGCAGUGACUUAGUCACACCUCUGGAUUCUGCUGCAUCCAUCAGCGCUUAAUGCAUUCUAACUGCUGGUUGUCGUUUACAAGUCGUUUGCUUCUUUUGAACGAAACACUUCACAAAUUUCGUCCACGCAACUUUUUAUGGUUUUUCUUUUGAUUUAAACCCAUUUUAGGUUCAAAUUGUUCUUUUUGGAAUAUUUACAGACCAUAGUUUACUGGAGAGGAGGAUCAAAACAGGGUCUCUGACUGUCCUGUGACCUGAAAUGAAAAACACAAGCCCACGUCACAAGGAUCAGUCUAUGCUGAAGACCUCCAUCUGUUAGACUCUCAGCUGAGGACAAAGGCUCGUCCUUCAUUUUCAACAAAAGCACUAUUCUAUUCAUAUAAUCUGUAUUUUGGUAGCCUUCGCCUUAAAUCAAGGUUCAAUCCAGAUUACUCUGUCCUGUUUAAUGCCUACGGACUGCUGAGACAGUAAAUGAGUGUGUGUGUGUGUGUGUGUGUGUGUGUGUGUGUGUGUGUGUGUGUGUGUGUGUGUGUGUGUGUGUGUGUGUGU